UCUAAGUUUCAUCUACGCUAUGGACAGCUGGAAAAUUGUUCGACCUGAUUCAGUCGAGAACGUACACAGGGCUUCCUUACACGCAGUACUUGGACUUGGUGGCGGCCGGGGUGGACGCGGGGGUCACCUCCGGGGCAGGUGUCUCAGUCUGAACCACCUCAGGGGCGGGUGUCUCGGCCUCAGUCACCUCCGGAGCCGUAGUCUGCGACUCGCCAUUCACUCCUUCGUCCUGGGUGUGCACCUUACCGGCACCGCUGUCCGAGGCGGCUGAUGCUUCCUGCACUGGGGCAUCCGUAGCCGGGGCCUCCGUCACGGCCGGUGCAGUCGUCUCAGGAGCGGGAGUCUCUUCCUGUGUGGUCUCCUGCUGAGCGGCAUCCUGCGUGGUCGAGGCCGAUCCCGACGUGGUCUGCUGCGUCUGGGACGCGUCACCGGACGGACAGAAGGUCACGACGAAGUCCGUGCCGAACGCGCACGAGUGGGUCUUGGUGUCGUCCUUAGGGUAGUUGUAGGCGUCCUCGCAAGCGUCCGCCAAACACUCGAUCUGCUCGCACGUGUCCUUGCCCGUGUUCGACGUAGGGGUCACCUGAACGGGAGUGUUGAAGCCGAUGCCGCUCUUGGAGUGGUCCUUGCACUCCUGCAGACUCGAGCAGUACUCGUAGCCGGGGUUGAGGUGCGGCGGGAUGAUACCGAUAUCGUACCAAGCGAGAUCGAGGUCGCCCUUUGUGGCGAACUCAAUGAGCGUGGCGGCAUCGCUUGAGCCAUUGCGGAAGUGUCCCUCGAAUCCCUUCUCGAUAGUCUUGUCGAUCGAGGCACCAGGGGCGAUGGUAUCGCUCUCGUCGGUGUAGACGCUGGCGAGGCGCGUGUACAGGUCAAUGGGGCUGGAGCAUCCGUUGGUGAUGGUUACCGUGAAGGCGUUGGUAGAAGCGAGCGCCGCGGCGGAAGCUCCGGCAAAAGCAGCAAGACGAACCAUAGUGAUAGUUGUGCCGGCGGGAAAGUUGAUGAAUGAGGCUGUGGAGUUCCACCUGCGCUCGGACACCCACGUUAAUCAACCAGAAGGAUCGACAUCACAAGGGAGCGUGGCAUACGUGUACGCCAGCGCCACAUGAUCGACUGGAUACAAGCACCAGGCAUCAGUGCACUGUCCCCUUCAUCUUCGUCUCCACUAAACUCAGAAACGGCAGUGACAGGAUCGGCAUACUCAGAACAAGUGAUUUUCAAUCUCUGCCAAAGUCUCAUGUUUUCUGUAAUCGCCAGCUGUGUACGCGGCGCGAACAACAAAAGCGCGGCAUCGCUGUUGUCGACAGUGUGCCGAUGCAAGCCACGCUCGACUGGACCUGCCUCCUCCACAAAAUGCGGCAUCGCCUCGUUGAACCACUGGUAACGCAUGCUUGUCUUGUCCGUCAAGAACGACGAAACAUCGUCUUCUUGACGAACAAGAAGGAAGCGCUGGCAAAGCCUUAUUGUACCCCUCCGAGAUAUGUAUUACAAUAAUGUGUCGAUGACACUUUAUCAUUGUGGACUUUGCUAAUUAAUCUGCCAGGACAGCAUUGUGCUCC